AUGCCUACCUCAGGUGCUGACCCUGUGACCAAGGAUCUUGUGGAAGAACAAUACAUUGAUGGUAGCAGAUGCUUCUCUGGACUAGAACCCACUUUGUCAGCUGCACAAAGUAUUUUCUCCAGUCGGCGGCAGCAGCAGCAGCAGCAGAGAUCAGAGGGCGACCAGAGUUGGGACAGGCGAAGCAUCCUCUUCCUCGGCAGGCUGGCUCCAGCUGGACUCGGAAUGGACCAGCUGUGGUUGCCCUGGUGGCUCCUCUUGUCCUUUGCAGGCACCCUCCGCGCCGUAUCCGUGGAACAGGGAGCAGCGCCUAACUGCCCACCUCUCUGCCACUGCGAGGAGGACGGCAUCAUGCUGUCCGUGGACUGCUCGGAGCUGGCGCUCGCUUCUGUUCCUGAUGGCCUGAGUCCCUUAACAGCCUACCUUGAUCUGAGCAUGAACAACAUCAGUGAGCUCCUGCCCGGUGACUUUCACCACCUGCGCUUUCUAGAAGAAUUGCGCUUAUCUGGAAAUCAGCUCUCUAAGAUCCCCGGGGAAGCAUUUUCUGGCCUCUACAAUUUAAAGAUUUUGAUGUUACAGAACAAUCAACUUAGUCGGAUCCCAGCAGAGGCUCUGUGGGAUCUUCCAAACCUUCAGUCACUGCGUCUGGAUGCAAACUUGAUCUCUGUAGUACCAGAGAAGAGCUUUGAAGGACUGCCCUCCUUACGGCACCUUUGGCUGGAUGAUAAUGCCCUGACAGAGAUCCCUGUCAAAGCACUCAAUAACCUGCCAGGGCUUCAGGCCAUGACAUUGGCGCUCAACCAAAUCUGGCACAUUCCUGACUACGCCUUCCAGAACCUCACCAGCCUUGUGGUACUACAUCUUCAUAAUAACCAGAUCCAGAGCCUGGGCAUACACAGCUUUGAAGGACUCCACAGCCUGGAAACUCUGGACCUGAACUAUAAUGAGUUGGUGGAAUUCCCAGUGGCCAUUAGGACACUCGGACGACUUCAAGAGCUGGGUUUCCAUAACAACAACAUCAAGGCUAUUCCAGAGAAAGCAUUUGCUGGGAAUCCGUUACUCCAGAUUAUGACCUUGACCCGGGCUGGGAUCCAUUUGCUUCCUGGGGGAAUGUGCCAGCAGCUACCCAGCCUGCGCAUCCUUGAGCUCUCACACAAUCAAAUUGAGGAGCUGCCCAGUUUCCACUACUGCCAGAGACUGGAAGAGAUUGGCCUUCAGCACAACUGCAUCCACGAAAUUGGAGCAGACACCUUCGGGCAGCUCAUGGCCUUGCGCUCCAUAGACCUGAGUUGGAAUUACAUCCAGUCUAUCCACUCUGAGGCCUUUGUGACCCUCCACUCUCUCAUCAAGUUGGAUUUGACGGACAAUCAGCUGGUGACACUGCCAUUGGCUGGUCUGGGUGGACUGACUCAUCUGAAGCUGAAAGGCAACCCUGCCCUCUCUGAAUCCUUCACUAAAGAAAGCUUUCCCAAGAUGAGGGUCCUGGAGGUGCCCUAUGCCUACCAGUGCUGUGCCUAUGGAGCAUGUGGCAACUUCUUCAAAGUGUCCAGUCAGUGGGACUCUGAGGAUAUGAGCCCUGAGGAUGAGGAUGGCCACAAGAAGACCUUGGGACUGUUACCCGGCCAUGCGGAUAACCACUAUGACCUUGACAUGGAUGAUUUCCAAUUGGAACUUGAGGAUUCAAAGCUCCACCCCAACAUCCAGUGCACACCAAGCCCUGGUCCUUUCAAGCCCUGUGAUCACCUGUUUGAGAGUUGGGUCAUCCGCCUGGGUGUCUGGCUGAUCACGUUGGUCUCCAUGCUGUGCAAUGGGCUAGUCAUGGUGGUUGUCUUUGCUUCGCCUGGCUAUCUGUCCCCUAUCAAGUUUGUCAUUGGUGCCAUUGCCGGAGCCAACAUGCUGACAGGCAUGUACUGUGCCAUUCUGGCUUUCGUGGAUGCUUUCACCUUCGGACAUUUUGCGAAAUACGGGGCCCGGUGGGAAACAGGCGCAGGGUGCCAGGUGACCGGGUUCCUGUCAGUGUUUGCUUCAGAGGCAUCCAUUCUUCUGCUGACACUGGCUGCUGUGCAAUGCAGCCUUUCAGUGUCAUGCAUGCGGACAUACGGGAAGGUACCAUCCUUUGGCAUGGUCAAGGCAGGUGCUCUGAGUUGCCUAGCACUCUCUUCAGUGGCUGCAGCGCUGCCUCUUUUCUCUGUCGGGGAGUAUGGGGCAUCCCCUCUUUGCCUACCCUACCCACUCCCUGAUGGGAAGCCUUCCAUGCUGGGUUUCAUGGUGGCCCUAGUGCUGGUGAACACCCUCUGCUUCCUCAUUAUCACCGGGACAUACAUCCGCCUCUACUGCAACCUGCUGAAAGGCGAGUUCGACUCUGUCUGGGACUGUGCUAUGAUCAAGCAUGUCGCAUGGCUCAUUUUCACCAACUGCCUCCUCUACUGCCCAGUGGCCUUCCUGACCUUCUCUUCCAUGCUCAGCCUCUUCCUCAUCACCCCUGAAGUCAUCAAGGCUGUGCUGUUGGUGGUCCUUCCCCUGCCCGCCUGCCUCAACCCCCUGCUCUACCUGCUCUUUAACCCCCAUUUCAGAGAUGACCUGCGGCUCCUGAGGCAGAAGAGCCAGGCCCAAUCCUAUGUGUCUGAAGACACAGAGAAGAGCUCGUAUGACUCCACCCAGGCCCUCGUUGCUUUCUCUGACAUGGAUCAUAUAUUUGAGGCACCAGACAUCUUUGGAUUGCCUCCUAGGUGCUCAUCAGUUCUAGAUGCCUACAGCUUCCCCUCAGUGACUCUCAUCCCAUGCCAGAAAAAGGCAGGUGUCAGAGGACAUGACAGUGUCUUCUCCACCCACCUUUCCUACCUUGCUGAUGAUGAGCUCUUAAUUGCAUCGGAAAGUAGAGACCCAGCAAGGAAUAGCCUCCGUAUUGCCUUGUUCCCCACGCCACCUGCACCGGCUUUUACAUCUCACUUAUAAACACUCCUUCAUCCUCCUACACCCAAUGCAAACUCCCUCGGUGAAGAACCUAUGCAAGAGCCCAUCCUGUAGCCACAAACAGCUUGGGACAAUGGCUGUUCUGGGGGAAAGGGUGGCCAAGUAUAUUGCUUCUUCUGGAAACAGGAACUGAUGGCCUGCAAGAUGCUGCCAACUCCAUGUAUCUCAGCUUGCUGGAGCAUUGUCUCCUCUCUCCCACCACAGCAGUGUGAGGUAGGGUGUCCCUCAGGAGAGGGAAAACUAGGGAAACACUGAGUUCACAUCUUCUAAUUCAAGAAGGCAGGUUAUUACUUAGAAAAGCCAAAGUGCAACAGAACCAGAAGCUCCUGCCUAACCGACCAUAACUGAGCUUCCCAGGGUAUUUCUGAUGCUGCUGCUAAUGAAUUGUGUGGAACAUACAGCAGAAGGCGAUGGAGUGGUAUCCCUAGAGAACCUUGCCCUAGGACGAUGACAGAGUAGGGAUUAUUCUGGAUUGUGCCUACCAAAGAAAAGAUAGUCCCAGCACCAGCUGAACAUGUACGGCUCCACAGUGCCCUUUCCUCCUCUCAUUUUGCACGCUAUCAGUUCUGUCCUACAAGCGGAGAAGAGGAGCUGAAGGUAACAGGCUGGCCUUCAAUUUGGAAUGCUUCAGUUUCAUAGAGCCGCCCAGGGAGCUUCGGCUAUUGGGCGGUAUAAUAAAUAAAUAAAUAAAUAAGUCCAAGAAAUUAAA